AUGGCCAUGCAACUGUGUAACAGACGUGUCACUCAAGUGACUACAAAUCUAGUUCGACAAAUUGCUAAACCAAUACCAAUGAAAGUUGAAGAUGAUCAUCAUGAUGAUGAACAUACACAUAUUUCAGUACCGAAAACAACAACACCAAAAACAUAUUUUUCUAUGAAUAAACAUUUAUUACGUGGAAAAGCUUCGAUUACAACUGGUCUUAGCACUCCUCUUAGUAUUCGUCAUGCGCAUACUGAUAUUCAAGUACCAAAUUUUGAUUAUUAUCGUCGUAAAGCACGUCUUGAUGCAUCAAAAUCAUAUCGAGAUGCUGGUGAUGCCACAUCACCUUACUCCUAUUUAACUCCUAUUGGUAUGGCUGUCACAUCAGCAUAUAUGGCAAAAUAUAUUAUUCGAGAUAUAGUUGCUUAUGUUGGUCCAGCUAGAGAUGUUAUGUCACUUGCUAAAGUAGAGAUUAGUCUCGAUGCUGUACCUGAAGGAAAAAAUGCUGUCUUUGAAUGGCGUAAUAAACCCAUCUUUGUUCGUCAUCGUACACCAGAAGAAAUCGCAAGAGAAGAAGGUGUUAACGUAAGUCAGUUACGUGAUCCACAAAAUGAUGCUGAUCGUGUGAAAAAAUCUGAAUGGUUAAUUGUUAUUGGUAUUUGCACACAUCUUGGUUGUAUUCCAAUUGCAAAUGCUGGCGAUUUCGGUGGUUACUAUUGUCCAUGUCAUGGUUCACAUUAUGAUGCAUCUGGACGUGUACGUAAAGGUCCUGCACCACUCAACCUUGAAGUUCCUCAAUAUGUGUUCAAAGAUGACAGUACCGUUAUCAUUGGUUAG